UACUUAAAAGACAGGCCACUACCAUUCACCAACACAAGCACGAUUAACACAACAUUCAUGUCAGCGAGGGAAGAGCUCAGCUGAGGGGACUCGGAUCCGUGUGGACGUGGGACCAUGGCGGCUGCCACGAGCAGCAGCACAUCUACAGCCACGCUUCAGAUCAAACACUCCAGUAUCGAGCAGACGCGGAAACGCAUAGACCCGAGGAGGAGGCAAGCGGCGCUGUCCUUUCUCAGCAACAUUUCUUUAGAUGGAAGACCCGUGCAAGACGAAGCGGACAAUCAGGACGACGAGGAUGAAGCUCGGACUAGACAGAGCCUGGUUUCCCCGGAGCGCCCAGCCCCGGCGGCGACCACCAACCCCAGUACCACCAGUACCACCAGUACCAGUGCCGCCGCCACGGCCGCGCAGGCGCUCGCGUUUGCAAACCAGGCUCUUCUCGCCAGUAAUCGGGCCAGUUUUGGGACGGGUCCCGCAGCUGUCCCGACGGGUACAGAAGCGGAGGGAGACGCUUUUAUACCCUCCACUUUCAGCUCGCCCUUCUCCGCGGUUCCCACCUCGGCUCGGGGGAGGCUGCAGACCUACACUCAGGGAAUCCUACCUGCGCCUUACUCCAGGCAGUCCUCCCAGAACUACUGCCUGGAGGGAGGGGGACAGAUAGCCAACUCUGCGAUAGAGCUGCAGAGGUCAAGACGUAGACUCAUCUCUCAGCGCUCAUCACUUGAAACACUAGAGGACAUUGAGGAGAAUGCUCCUUUACGCAGAUGUCGAACCCUAUCGGGUUCACCCCGACCAAAGAGCUUCAAGAAGGUCCACUUCAUAAAGAACAUGAGGCAACAUGAUAUGCGCAAUGGAAGGAUAGUCCUUAUCAGUGGCAGAAGAUCCUUCUAUAGUGUAUUUUCUGUCCUGCCCUAUCGAGAUUGUAGCCAAGCAGGGGACGUGAAACUGGAAGGAGGGCGACAGCGGCACCCAUCAGGAGGCGUCAGCGCCAAGGAGAUGGUGAUUGGGUUGGAGGGAGUGGAAUUAGGAGCAGACGGAAAGACCGUGUCCUAUACCCAGUUCCUGUAUCCCACUAAUGUACUGGGUGGUCGAAGGAACACCAUCGACUCCACCUCGUCCUUCUCUCAGUCCCGGAACGCCAGCCACCGCAGCCUCAGUUUGGGCCGAGCCAACAGCAACCAGAGCAGCCUAGACACCGGGAAUGAUUUGGUGGAUUUUCGUGAAUACGACCCCAAUCUGCUGGAUGACCCCCAAUGGCCUUGUGGAAAACACAAGAGAGUUCUCAUCUUCCCCUCCUACAUGACGACAGUCAUUGAAUACGUCAAACCUUCUGACCUCAAGAAGGACAUGAACGAAACGUUCAAGGAGAAGUUUCCCCACAUACGGCUCACGCUCAGCAAGAUUAGGAGCUUGAAAAGGGAGAUUAAAAAACUGGCCCAGGAUGAAUGCGGUUACGAGGAGCCGACGGUGGCCAUGGCUUUUGUCUAUUUUGAAAAACUCGUUCUUCAAGGCAAACUAAACAAACAGAAUCGGAAACUCUGCGCUGGAGCUUGUGUUCUUCUGGCAGCCAAGAUCGGUGGUGAUCUCAAGAAACAUGAAGUCAAACUCUUAAUAGACAAACUGGAAGAGAGGUUCAGAGUGAACCGCAGGGAACUGAUCGCCUUCGAAUUCCCCGUUCUGGUGGCGCUGGAGUUCAACUUGCACCUCCCGGAGCACGAGAUCAUGCCCCACUACAGACGCCUCCUGCAGACCUCCUAGCAUUAGUGACCCAUCAGGAGGACCAGCUCAGUCUUCUCCUCCUGAUCCCCUGGUUCCCGCCGUGUCCAUCCUCUCCCGCCACACCUCUCUCUCUCCGACAGCCCACAGGUACCGCUGGCGGCUGUCGCGUUCAUCCACCUCCUUCCUCUCAGACGCCAAAGUGACACUCGCCUCUCAACCAACCCUCAUCACUACACGGAGGUCUGAACGAAGGGGUCUGCAAACGAGUUUUGCAUGUUUCACUUCAUCUCCUCAUCUUUAUUUUGUAUAUUUCGAACCUCUCUUGUUGAUUAAGAGAGCUGUCCUAAAGGCUUAUUUUGAUUGAAUCUGAGGGUGAACUAUUUUCCUCAUUCAGAACAAACCAAUGAUUGUAAUGUUUUUAUCAUCUCUUUCCAUUAAUCUCCUCUUUGUAAACUUCGGUUGCCUCCCAACCUGCAUAAAACUUCAAGCCAGUUGAGUGGCCGGACUGUUAUUCCUCAGAGUGACUCAUCGUUUUGCAAGUCAUCGUCUUUAUAAGUGCACUUUUUCAAUAUUACGAGACAUGGAGGCAGGGGAACACUUUUUUUUUUUUUUCUCAGACGUUUAAUGAGCUUUGGAACUAACCGUGAAAAAUAAGCUGUGUUCACUAGGACCACAUUGCAAGUCAUUCAAAUGGGACCUCUGGUUUGUUUUUUUUGUUUUUUUCUUUACUGGUUUUCUAACAGCUAAUCCUGCAUGAAACAACAUGAUUGUACACAGGUACCUGCAGACGAGACGGGACUAUUUUCAUUAUCGCUGAAAGUAUUCCGCUCAUUUUCUACCAGUUGGAUGCUUGCUACGGACUUAGAGACACCAGACCCACUCUUAUCAGUGUCGAAUUUCCUGUGCUCUAUGUUAGAGUGUAUUGCUAGCACAUUUUAUUGUGCUGAAUUUGGGUCAGGAAGGUGAAGAGUUGCUCAUGAGUGCAAAAAUGCCAUUAACCAGUGAUCAGUGAUUAUAUCUAUAUAUAAAUAAAGCAGCGGAAACAGAAAGUAUCCACCCCGCUGAAGUGUCCCUGCUAAACUGCACCUAAUGGUAAUAAUGACCUCUGACCUCUCUAAAGCAGAGAAACAGGGAUCGUUAAUAUUCACAAAUUUAUCUACAUCUCGAAUUAGCAAUUUGUUGAUUGAAAUCUAAACUUCUCAAAGUGACCAAUAAUAAUAAAAAUAAAUAAAUAUAUAUAUCCAAACUUGAUUUUCUUCUUAUAUUACAUUGAAACGUUCUCAAACUGCACUGCAUUAUGAGUAUUUAAGGUCGCCAAAGCAGGAGCUACUUGAAAAAUGGUAUUAAUGCUGCUUCAAGUAUUGAUGGUUUUUCAGUGAAAUGAUCGCUGGAAGUUGCACCAAAUUCUAACGGGGAAAAAAAAAAAAAUCAAGAAUUAUGCUGGGUUUAUUUUUUUUUGUUUGUUUUUUUGAUAAGUGUAAAGAUAAAGAGCUUGUUUCUGUUUGCAAGUCCAAAGAUUUUGCUGUACGAUGCACACUAAAUACUCCGUGUGGGGGAAA